AAAUGUCAGCGGUGGACCUGAAUGACGGAGACACGACAGAGAGCUUUGUGGAUCUAUCUGAGAGUGAUGAAACCGUACAAGAAAAGGAGCAGCUGCUGCAGGAAUGUCAAACGGAGCAAGUCCAAAUGAAUUCUGAACAGGAACCCGACCCAUCUCAGGAUAUCACGUGUGACUACAAAACAGAAGGGUCACCGAGGAAUGAAGGACUGGCAUACAGAGAAGAAAAGCCAUCGCAAGAACCCAAAGAGCCAGGCAAGGACACUGGUUAUCAGGAGACUCAAGAAACCAGCACCAAAGACAGACAUGAAAACUCUCCAGAAGAGGACUACUCAAAUUCAGUUCCCUAUACACCAGGUGAGAUGUUGGGACCACAAGAAGAUGCUGAAUAUGACAACGGGAUGCCUGGAGAAGCCAACCAGGAAACCCAAACAGGAGGUGAUUCAUAUGGAAGUCCACAAGAGACACCAAGUGGGGGAUCCCAAGAUGAAGCUGUGGAAGAACACAAUGCAACUCUCUCCAAUAAACCAGAACCUCACGUCAGUCAAGAUGACAAAGGGGGAUCCAUGGCAUGUAAAAAGUUUAAAGAAGGAAACUUCCAAGAGACUACAUCCCAGAAGGAAAGUGGAGCUGUCCACACAGAAGAAGCCAUGGAGGAUUUGCAAGAAGUUAAUGCAAAGAAAGAACUACAUGACAAUCAAACUGAUGAAGGGAUAGAUGAAGAAUCUCUGGACAGAAAAGACACAUCUCCUGAUGAUCAUUUGGAAGAACAGAAGAUGACCAUGCAUGAAAGAGACCAGGAGCAGACUGGGAGAACCAGGGACAACAUGUCUGACUGCACGUGUGAGGAACAGCCAGUGGAACCACUGCAGCUGAAAACUGAGGGCAGUGACUGGUUGCCAUCUCUAUGGACAUCAAAGGUUAAUGGUGUGGUCACUUUGAGAAUGGAGAAAUCUGGACCAGCAGCUAUGUCUCCAGUCACAGUGCCACAGUUCUUCUCGGACAUGGUCAAGAAGCAUGGACAGAAGGUGGCACUAUAUGCCAGGAUGGCCAAUGAGUGGAAGGGGGUGACUUAUUCUCAAUAUGAGCAGCAAAGCCGAACCAUGGCCAAAGCUUUUCUGAAGUUGGGCUUGGAGCGGUUUCAUGCAGUUCUGAUCCUUGGGUCUAACUCUCCGGAGUGGUUUAUGGCAGACAUUGCCGCGAUGCUGGCUGGGGGUUUGGCCAUUGGCAUUGAUCCAUUAUCCAAUGCGUCAUUUUGCCUUAAGGUGGCGCUGGAUUCCCGGGCUCAGAUAGUGCUUGUAGAUGACCACAACCAACUGGAGAAGAUCCUGAAGAUAAAAAACAAGCUGCCGAAACUGAAGGCAAUGGUGCAAUGGAGAGGGACCAGUAAUGGAGCCGUGCCCUGGAGUGUACACCUGGAACCAGUUACUAGAUCUGGGCUCGGAGGGGGACGAGUCGUCUCUUGAUGACAUUAUGGCCGACCAGAAGCCAAACCAGUGCUGUGCAGUGAUCUAUUCCACAGAUGAAGCUGGAGAGCCGAGAGGAGCCAUGAUAAGUCACGAUAAUGUGACCUGGACAUCCAGGGCCCUGCAGGAGACGCUGGGAUUGGGUUCGGAGGAGGUUGUCCUCAGUUACCUGCCCCUCGGCAGCAUGGCCGUGCAGCUCUUCGACCUGUGGCUCAUUCUGUCCUG